CCUCUCCCCGCCUGAGUACACCCAAUUGUCAGUCCAUUUGCCGGAGUAAACAUGACCUACUUCCACCGUGGUCACACUAUUUCCGCCGGCGGAGAACAUCCAUUGAGUAACUCCUCCUCAGACCCGGCUGGUUCUACCCUCCUGGAAGGACUCGUCGCUGCCACUAGGGCGCUGGACGCCAUUAAUGUCGUCCCGCUCGAUCGCGUCACGCUAUCGAAGGAUCGUGCGCGCCUACAGGGUCGCGUUCAAUGCUGCAAAUCUCUGUCGGCUGAACAGGGAGGAAGUCUCGGGCUGCCCUCAGAAACUUUGUCCGAGAUUUUCGUUCACUGCCUUCCUGAAGACCUUGAAAUUGCCAAUGUUCGUGAAGCACCUUUGGUUCUAACUCGAGUGUGCCGUUACUGGAGGGAAGUGGCGUUGGCGACUCCCUUCUUAUGGAGUGGCUUGGGAAUACCAAGCAAGUCCCAUGGCGCGAAGCAUAUGGAGUCUAUGGAAAAGUGGCUUUCCCGAGCGGGAGUCCUUCCACUUCACUUGGCAUGGCGGGAAUCCCUCACCCUCUGGGAUAGGAUCACGGUCAAUACAGUGGGCCCAGAACUGAUAAAGAGAUACAUUGAACAUUGCAAAGUUCUCGACUUGGGCCUUGUGCAAGGUGACUUCGCCCGCUAUUUCAUUGCCGAUGAACUGCCGCUGCUGGAAAAGCUCUGUCUGGUCCACUACAAGAAACGACCCUGUACCUGCGCAGGCGAACAACAUACUACGAGGCUUCCACGGCUGAAAGAUCUCGUUUACUUCUGGUCACACCCUAAUCAAUAUGAUUUUCUCGUUUUGCCUUGGGCGCAGCUGGCCAGUCUGCAUAUUGGCAUUCGAGGGCCACAUUGCGUCCCUCACGUUCCUCAGGUUAUUGCGCAGUGUCGACAGCUGGAAGCCCUCAAGCUUGACAUCCUAAACGACUACCAGGACAAAGUAGAACUCACUUGGCCCUCUGGAAUACGUCCCUUUCCGCUUCCGAAGCUCAGACUCCUGACGAUAAGCUCGGAGGCAUCACUCCCGCGGAGCGGAUCUGUUCUAUCUCGCCUAGUCCAUAACCUCAUUCUUCCUGAACUCGAAGUCCUCGCCUUGACUGAAGCGUGGGGUUCAUCGGAUCUUUGGACGAAACUGCUCGCCCGCUCGCGCUGUCCCCUACGGGAGUUGAACGUCACUACUUCAUCUGAUUUCCUUCCUCAGCCGCAAGAUUUAAUGCAGUUGCUCAAGGUGGCUAAGUCCUUACAGGACGUAAGUAUCUGCGCCGCUUCGUAUACUUUCAGUGCUGGUGCAAUGCACCUUGUCGACUGCCUCUUGAACGGGACAUGCUCAAGUGAUCCCUCCCUCUCCAUGUCAGAGCUGCAAGCACUCCGGUUGCAGAUCAAUUGUUCGACUAUGGAGGACUACAACCUCUUUGCGCAGACCCUACAACCUAUGCUAGCUUCCCCCACUGUAUGCAGCGGGAAUCGCGGAAGGGAUCGUCUUCGGGACGGAUCUGUAUAUCUUUGCUGUACCGCAGAGGAGGAGACCACGGAGCUGCACUGGCCCAUUCAAAUAGGGAAGAAAAGACAUUGCCAGGAGCAUUCUGAAGCCAUCAACGACCUCGUUUCGGUUGAGUGA